UGCCACGACAGCAUCAGGAAAUAAGCUCGGGAGAGGACCGAUCUGACCAAAUAAGAAACUUCACCAAGACCUGUCAGACGUGGCCUUCUGCACAGAAACACCAUCGAUAUUAAACAGACAAGGUGGUCGCUGGGUCUGUUUCUGCUAUGAUCCCUGACAGCAUGCCCGGUGCCGAGCAAGAGGAUCCAGUGGAACAGCCGUUGAGGAUCAUGUUUCUUGGAAAGAGUGGGGUGGGCAAGAGCUCGAGUGGAAACACCAUCUUCGGGCGACAUGUGUUCAGUUCAGAAAUGACGCUGGCUAGAGUCACCAGACACUGUGAAAAGGAGGUUGGGACGGUCAAGGAUGUGCCGGUCGAUAUAACUGGGAAAGUCAAGGAUGUGCCUGUCGCCGUGAUCGACACACCCGGCUUUUUUGAGACUGACCGUAACAAGGAGGAAAUUGAGCGAGAGAUUCUGAAGUGUGUCAGACUCCAAGAACCAGGACCUCACGCCUUCGUGUAUGUUAUCUCUGUCGGAAGGAUGACUCAGGAAGAUCAAAAUACCAACGCAGUGAUCGAAGCAAAGUUUGGCCCGAGAGUGUGGGACUACACCAUCGUCCUGUUCACCCAUGGGGAUCGUUUGGAGGGAAAAACAAUAAAUAAUAUCAUCACUGUCAGUGACGACAACCUCCGCAACUUCAUCCGCAAGUGCAGCGGCGGGUUCCACGUCUUCAACAACAAGGACCCGGAGGACCAGGUCCAGGUGACCAGCUUCAUAGCAAAGAUCCAGACCCUGGUGGCCCUGAAUGGAGGGGGCCAUUACCACACAGCCCUGUAUCCUGAAGAGGAGAGGAAGAUUAGGAAGAGACAGGAGAGCAUCCUGGCAGAGAGAGAUAAGGAGAUCAGCAGCAAGGAGAGAGCGCUGCAGGAGCGUCACCAGGGAGAAGAGCUGGAGGAGAAGAAGAAGGAGCUGUGGAGGAAAGAGGAGUUCAACUCAAGACUGGCUGCAGAGAAGGAGAUCAGGAGGUUCUCGAACAUGUGGAAUAUUUUUAGAUACAUCCUAAUCCUGGGAGGCAUAGCACUGGCACUGAUACCAGUCCUCUGUCCUGAGACUACCACAAUAAUGAGGAGCUCAGGAUUGUGAUGGUGGGGAAGACUGGUGUUGGGAAAAGCGCCACAGGAAACACCAUUCUGGGAAACCAGAGCUUUAAAUCAGACGUAUCAGCUGAAUCUUUGACAACACACUGUGCUAAGGCCUUUGGUGAGGUUGAUGGACAAAAGGUUGCUGUU